CUUUUUUCUCUGCACAGGAUAAAUCUAAGCAGCAUGGAGAAAGUCAUUUAAACCCAAAGACAAGUUCUAUCUUCAGCUUUGUUUUACAAUGAACCUUUGUUAUGUAUGUAGGAUCAAUGAAACUGAUAUCCAGGAAGACCCAAAACCAAGCACCAGCAAUUUCUCAGCCUGGACCAAACAAAGUCUCUGGCCCUAUUCCACCACCACCUUGGUGAUGAUUGAAGCACCUGAACAGAGACAGAAAUAAGGUGAAGGAGGGAGAGAUCACAAGGAACACAGGACUUCACAAAACCAAACUUUGAAAGGAGCUUUUUUCUUGCACAACGUAAGAAAGAGGAGAAAGGUGUUGUGUAUCCCACAGGAAGAGAGAAAAGAGAAGAGAAGUCCACUCUGCCUGAAUUCCUGGACUUCUUUCACAUACUGAUAGAUCUGUUUUGGUCCUUAAAACAAGAUCAUGAGUGCAGACAUUGCAAAGGAAGACUUCUAUGAGUAUCAAGAUUUUUAUGAUAAUCCGCUACCCACAAAGGCUCCUGCAGAAGUUAUCCCACCAUGUGACCCCAAAGCUGAUGAAAGUCUCUACCACAUAUGCAUCACAGUCAUAUCCUUUGUGGUCAUGCUGAUCUUGGUGGUGUUGGCAAAGCGGAAGAAAUUUGAAAGGCUAAAAGGAGUUCCAGCUUUAUGCAGCCCUGUGAAUUUUUUAGACCACACACAGCACAAAGCUUUGUCUGCGGCUGUGUUUGGGGUUAUGUUCUGCAGGCUUGUUGGACUGGUUCUAUCCCCCAACCCAUUACCUUUUACUAAGGAUGAACAAAACAAAGAGUAUUGGCUGAUCCUUGCUCUCUUCUACUACCCUGUAUUGUAUUACCCCUUGCUGGCCUGCGGCACCCUCCACAUCAGAGUUGGCUAUAUAGUGGGCAGCCUGUUGUCAUGGACACAUUUUGGCAUACUCAUCUGGCAUAAAAUUGACUGUCCCAAAACACCACAUAUAUAUAAGUACCAUUCCCUUUUGAGCAGCCUGCCAGAGAUUGCCUGUUUGGCAUUUCUCAGUUUCCAGUAUCCUCUUCUCCUGUUCAAGGGCUUUAAAGGAACAGAGAAAAGCGAUCCCUUUGAGGACCUCAACAGUAGCUACUACACAGACUAUGUAAAGAACAUCCUCAAAAAGAAAAAAACAUCUCAAGCCAGUUCAAGCAAUUCUAAACAUAAGCUGGCUGAAAGAAUCACUAAAGCACUAAAAUCUUACAUAUACACACCUAAAGAGGUUUUUAGGUUCCCUCUGAAGUUAACUAUCUCUCUUGUUGUUUCAUUUAUUGCUCUUUAUCAGAUGGCCCUCUUGCUGGUCAUUGGAGUAGUGCCCACUCUCCAGAUUGUCCGAAAAGGAGUGAACGAAGACAUUGCAUUUCUCCUUGCUGGUUUUAACAUUGUUCUGUCAGAUGAUCGGAAAGAGGUGGUUAAGAUAGUAGUGUACUACAUGGGGUGUGUUGAGGUGUGCUAUGUCUCAGCAAUAGCCCUGACCUGCUUGGUUAAUCUGGUCAUGUUUAUGAGGUCCAUGGUCCUGCAUAGGUCUAAUCUGAGAGGGUUGUACCGAGGGGAUAUCUACAAUGUUUAUAACGUCCAGAGAAGCAUAAGGCCAUCACGUCCUGCCCUCGUGUGCUGGAUGGGCUACACCAGCUACCAAGCUGCAUUUAUUUGUUUGGGCAUGAUCAUUCAGACUCUGGUGUUCUUCAUUUGCUUUCUAUUUGUUGUGUUCCUCAUCAUCAUUCCCAUCUUAUAUGGAAAGAACCUUGUGGUCUUUCACAUCAUUGGCAGAAUGUGGCCUUUCUGGUUGACUCUGUCAUUAACAGUGCUUAUCCAGCACCUUACGUCCAGGUUCUUCUUCAUUAAAAAGGAUGCUGGAACACAAGACCUAACUAACAGGGGGUGGCUUUUCCUUCUGACCUACAUACUAUUUCCAGUCAAUGUACUGGUGGGUGGGUUGUUGGGAAUUUGGAGGUUGGUCAUCACAGCUCUUUUUAACAUUGUGCAUUUGGGCCGCAUGGACAUCAGCCUCCUCAACCGCAAUGUGGAAUCUUUUGACACAGGGUAUCGCUGCUAUGCUCAUUAUUUAAAGAUUGAGGUCAGUCAGUCUCACCCAGUCAUGAAGGCCUUCUGUGGGUUGCUAUUGCAGUCUUCAAGACAGGACAAAGGCACCGGAGAUGCGGCACGUAAUGUGGAGGAAGGAAUUCAACUGGUUUCACAGGAAAAGAAACAGAACAAGGUGCCAAAUGCUAAGCGAGCACGUGGACACUGGCACCUCCUUUAUACGCUAGUGAAUAAUCCAUCUUUGGUGGGGUCUAGGAAGCAUUUUCAGCGACAGAGUUCAGAGAGUGUCCUGAAUGGCACCCUCAAACGAAGCUUCAAAGAAGGCAGUAAAAAAGAGAUCGGCACCACAACAACCAGCAAAGAGUGCGAAGGAGAUGCAUCUAAAGACUGAGACUGAUAAACACAAACAAAAAGAAACUAUGCUCUCUCGCUUCCUUUGUUAAAUUAUAUUAGAUAUUGGACAGAUUAUAAUAAUAAUAAUGAUAUUAUUUUUAGUGUUUGUGUACAAAUGAACUUUGUCUUGAAUAAAUGCCCUUAUACCUUAUAGUGCCUCAGGAAGAAGACUGUUUCUUCUUUUUUUUGGCAGGAUGGAUGCACUCUUUCUUUUGUGAUCAAAUGACUGUUUUUUCAUUUGGGUGUUUUGGUGCAGGAUUAUCAGAAAAUUUAUAGUGGCAAUGGACUCCCACAAAAAUACUUGUGCAAGAUUAUAUUUGCUAUUUAUAAUGAUGAUAUAUGAUGUAUGUUUUUCCCUGGGUGUUUUUUCUUUUUCAUUUCCAUGUUGAGUGUUUCCUGUGCAUUCAGUAUAGUCUUUGGCAAAAGUGAGCAAAGAUUAAAGAUUAAU